AUGAGGGUUUUACUUACUGGUGGAUCCGGUUUCAUCGCCGCUCACAUCCUCGAUAUUCUUCUCUCCCGCGGUCACACUGUCAUCACAACCGUCCGUUCUCAGCAAAAAAUCGAUGCUAUCAAAGCCGCCCAUCCGGAUGUUCCUGCUUCCAAAUUAGAUUUCUUCAUUGUGGAAGAUAUUGCAAAGGAAAAUGCUUUUGAUGAUUGCUUAAAGAAGUUUGGGGAGGGAUUGGAGGCUGUGUUGCAUACAGCUAGUCCGUUCCACUUCAACGUGACCGACACCAAGAAAGACCUUCUCGAUCCCGCCAUAAUUGGUACAACCGCGAUCCUUCACGCUAUCAAAAAGUUUGCCCCCUCUGUAACCCGCGUCGUGGUAACCUCUUCCUUCGCCGCUGUCCUUGAUGCCUCGAAGAGAAACUGGCCCGAUCACACAUACACCGAAGAAGACUGGAAUCCCAUCACCCUAUCGGAAGCGGUUGAAAAUCCAUCCAACGGUUACCGCGCUUCCAAAACCUUUGCCGAAAAAGCUGCGUGGGAAUUCGUCGAGAAAGAGAAACCCAAUUUCACACUUAGCACUAUGAAUCCUCCUUUGGUAUUAGGUCCCAUUGUGCAUUAUAUGAACUCUCUAGAUGCGUUAAACACGUCUAAUCAGCGCGUGCGCAAUCUCCUGCAAGGGAAAUGUAAAGAGGAAAUACCGGACACAGGAAUAUUUAUCUGGGUCGAUGUGAGGGAUUUGGCAUUGGCGCAUGUGAAAGCGAUUGAGAUUGCGGAGGCGGCGGGGAAGAGGUUUUUCAUCACGCAGGGUUAUUUUAGUAAUAAGGAGAUUUGUGAGAUUAUUCGGAAGAAUUUCUCGGAGUAUGAGAAGGAGUUGCCGGGGAAGGAGGUUAAGGGGGGUGAUUAUCCGGAAGGAGGGGUUUAUAAGUUUGAUAAUGGGAGGACGAGAAGUGUGUUGGGGAUCGAGUUUAGGGGGUUGGAGGAGAGUAUUGUGGAUUUGGUGAAGAGUUUGAAGGAGGUGGGUGUUUGA